GGGACGAGCGGCGCCGCAGCCGGCACCCACCGCGGGAGGGACAGCGGCCGGAGCGAGCCCGGGAGGCGAGCGGAGCCGCCAUGGCCGAGUUCCCGUCCAAAGUGAGCACCAGAACCAGCAGCCCCACGCAGGGCGCCGGCGCCUCGGUCUCGGCGCUGCGCCCCGACCCGGGCUUCGUGCGCUCCAGCCUCGGUGCGCUCAUGCUGCUGCAGCUGGUGCUGGGGCUGCUGGUCUGGGCCCUGAUUGCCGACACCCCGUCCCACCUGUACCCGGCCUACGGCUGGGUGAUGUUCGUCGCUGUCUUCCUCUGGCUAGUGACAAUCGUCUUCUUCAUCAUCUACCUGUUUCAGCUGCACAUGAAGUUGUAUAUGGUGCCCUGGCCGCUGGUGUUAAUGAUAUUCAACGUGGGUGCCACGGUUCUCUACAUCACGGCCUUCAUCACCUGCUCGGCUUCGGUCGACCAGACGUCCCUGAAGGGCAGCCGGCCAUACAACCAGCGGGCAGCCGCCUCUUUCUUCGCGUGUUUAGUGAUGAUCGCCUACGGAGUGAGCGCUUUCUUCAGCUUCCAGGCCUGGCGAGGAGUGGGCAGCAACGCAGCCACCAGUCAGAUGGCUGGCGGCUACGCCUAGACGGCCGUGUCGCGGCACACCCUGGGGCUGAAGGCUGCAGCUGGGUCACAGCACAGGGUGGCCCUGCAAGCCCGAGGCCUGAGCCCUGUGUGGACUCAGCCCGGAAGGGACUACACGCGCUCCUCUCUGUUCAUCAGACUUGGGCUCGCCCAACACUCCUAAGGAAUCGGGAUCCUUCCUCUGGUUUGGCCCAAGUUGGCAGGCGCGUGGGCUGGAGAGAGGCCAACAGCCGAGACACCUCCCCCCCAUCCCCCUUAUUCAGCAGAAGGUGACGGGGGACACGGGGCUCCCACUGCCUCUGCUUUGUCUUUCAAGGACUUGAGUGUCCCAGGCUGGGGCCCAGCCUUCUCACCAGCACUAAAUGCACUAACAGGGACUCCAGCCCUGCCGCCCCUCACCCGCGUAGAAUAAGCCUAACAAACAACACGUAUUUAUCUUAGUCUUGGUUCUGGGAGAGCUGAGCAAGCUCACGAAACCGUUCUGAUUCUUUAAAGCCCAACUCCGACCCUCCCCUCCCCCAAGCCAACAAGUCACUGUGGAGACAUCUCCAGAAAGAGGGUUAUGGUUUCUGACAGCAUGGUCUUCCUGUCCUGCAUUUCCAACAUGCCAGUUAUUUAAAGCAAAUUGGUUUUAAGUGACUUCUCAAUGAUGAGAACCUAUCCAGGUUUCCCUCCCUUUCCCAAGCCCAGUCUGUAAUAUUCCCUUUGGGAAAAGCUGCCGCCUGCUUCCCUGAUGCUGAUUAGGCUCAUGGGACAUGGAGGAGGGAGUCAAGACCUUGCCUGGUGAGUUGUCAUGUGCUUGGUGAUGACUGUUGUUUCUGGGUUUUUUUACAAAAAUAAAGAUGGAGGGACUUAUUUGGAAAACA